CCCAGCAUAACGGUUCUUGUUUGUUUUUACGACGUCAGAAGAAGAAGCAGCAGCAGCAGCGGCAACAACAGCAACAAAGGUCUUCGUUUGGAUCCCCCGAUAUAUCAAAACCCGCACCUACAACCCACCAACGAAGCCGACGAACCCAAGCAACCACUGGCGAUGCAAUUGAAAGCGCCCAAGAGCAGAAAUAUGGCCAGUCUUAAAGAUGAAGAACAGGCGGCAACUACAAGCAACUCCACGAACCACCUCAACAACAACAACAAUAACACGAAUAAUAUAAACAAUAACCACAGCAGCAGUAGCCACAACAACAACAACAACAACAACAAAAAAAACGAGGAUGAUCCAAAGGUUAGGAGGGAAAAUCUGGAGGCCAGGAAACAAGCUUUGGAGCAGCGCCUGAGCGAAAAGAGCUGGCUGCUGCAGCAAAUUCAGAAACAGGAGACGGCCAUUAUCAAUGGCAAUUAUGAGCAGAUGACAAUCAAUGAGUUUUUUGUUCAACUAGCCCAACAGUACAAGCAUGAACAGCAGCACCAGGCCUUGGCCAGGGAAAACAAUUCGAUUCUCAGAAGAAAACAAAGCACGACGAGCCGAGAAAGUAGGGAAAGCCAGAUGACCAACAACAAUAACAAUCGCCAGUCGGAAACUCUAUCGAAUCGCAGUUCAGAAUACGACAAUUACCAGCCCUCCUCGUCGGCGGGGGCGGGCGAUAUGCUGGUAAUAGGCGUGGCCCAGCAGCAGGCGCAACAACAACCGCCGCUGGUGAAGAGCGCCCUGAAGAAGCGACCCACACCCACGCCCAGUCAAAUGCAAUAUAUGCGCCAGCAGCAUCAGCAACAAGCGCAUCUGGCAAUGAACAUGAACUACCAGAGAUCACAGCCGGAUGUCAUAUCCAUGUACUCGGCAAACUCCUCGAAUGUGGCCACUUUGAGGCAACCGCCGCAAGUGGCUCCCCAACAGCAGCCAAUUAUAGUGCAGUGCGAUAAGUAUUACUUAUCGCCCACCCAUCAAAGUUACAAUGAGGGUGGCUUCAUCAAAUCAAGUCAGAACAUCAAGAAAUAUGUUUCCCCUCUGGCAUCGCCCAGCAAUCAUAGCUAUGAGCAUCAGCAGCAGCAGCAGCGUAAUCCUAUGCAUCAUCAGCGCCAACUGGAUGCAAUAUCCUUGGCUCCCAGCUACGUCUCUGUGGAUAUGGAGGCAGCCCAGCACCAGCAGCAAUACCGCUGGCGUUCUCAGUCACACAUAGCACCAUUAACACCUCCGCAAUUGGGUAUAAUCGAAGUUAAAUCGCAUUCCAGCGAUAUGCUGGCGGUGCCCAUGCCACCCAGUCGCUAUCCGCCGCACGAUGAGAUCUCUUUGUCCUCCUCAUCGACGACCAUUGAAAAGAAACCCAAGUCGAAGCAGUGGAUGGAAUCGUCACUAGACGGACCGGCUGUUAUAAGGCAGAUGGAUUCACAACCACACAGUCCAGCUGGAAGCAGUAAUGGCAGUAGUAAUCCCGGAGCAGCAGCCAUGGUAAUGAGUAAACCCCGCGCCAAACUCUCCUCUCAAUCGAUGUCGGUAGCGGGUCGUCACUAUUCCAUGUCUAACCAGCGGCCAACACCGAACUAUCCAAGUGCCAGCUAUGCGGUGAACACCAGUUCGAAAGCUUUGCUCAGUCAGUCGACAUCGUACCUCAACGCUAUGGAGCAGACUUUGGGAAUUUCUGUAUCGUAUCCACUGGAACCGCUGGACAUACCUGCGCUUCGAAACCUACCACCGAAACCAAGUCAAAUGCAGCAGCCCACACCGCCACCAAGACCACCACCUGCAAAUCAGGGUCAAAACCAGAAUCUGAAUCACAGUGGGAGUGGUGUGGCAUCCGGGCAUGGACAUGGCAAUGCUGUACAAACAGCUUUAGUAUCACCGCCUUUAACCGUGGCCACAGCCAGUUUAUCGCCGGAAAUUCGCAUCGAGUCGCCAAAGAACAUGACCGUAGUGCAGCAGGCCACUUUCCAGCCAUACAAAGAAGUGACCAAACCCUUUGAGAUGUCCGAUUUCUACAAAUACUCCACCAAGUUCAAACAAAAGGAGGGCGGCAAUCCCAAUUGACCUAUAAGGUUUUACGGGAUUUACAUAAAUUUCUCCCUUUUUAUGUGAUUAACUAAACUAAUUUUGUACAAAGCUCAAAUUGUUGGACGCCUUUCGAAUUUAAAGUUCGUUAGCCAAAUUAUUUAGGACAAAGGACUAACUGAAUAUGAAUUAAGCACAAAAAUGCUCUGCCAAACUGAACACAGACUUAUGAAGAGCAAUUUAUCGAGUGACAUUUACAAUUUGUAUUGCAUUUUUUAAAUACAAAAAAGGAAACAGGACAAUAUUAGCCCCGCGGGGAACAGAAAACCGCCUUACGACUGGAUGCCUAGAAAAUAUGAAAAUAUUUAAUAGAAUUAAAUGGACUUUCAAAACAAUAACUGACUAGCAAUGUUAAACAGUGUAUUAAAGGAUAUAUUUACACUAAUCGAAUGAUAUUUUUGUAUGAAUAUACUGAUUGGAUACUGGUAUAUUCAGUUCUUUAAGACUAACUAUUGACAAGCAAUAAUAAAUAGAUGUAAAUAAAUUUUUGAUAUUAACAUGUA